UGUCCAAAGUUAAAUAGUCAGCAGCCCACAAAGGUUCACAACUUAUAAAUAAAAAAGAAAUGCCCCCAGCAUUAGGAAUAUUGUGCCAGAUACAGUCAUAUACUUUGAAGUCCAAGAGAAAGAAUAGUAAUUUGGACUGUGUUUUCGAUCAGCAGGAGAAAUGGCGGAGGCUAUUGUGUCCUUAGCUAUUGAAAGGAUCUCGGAUUUGCUCAUUCAUGAAGCAGUUUUCCAGCAGGGUGGAGUUCGUGAGGAAGUGGAGCGCCUAAAGGCUGAACUCGAACGGAUGGAUAGCUUCUUGAAGGAUGUAGACUAUGAGCAAGAGCAAACCCAGCUUCAUCGCACUUUGGUGAGACAAAUCAGAGAUCUUGCUUAUGAAGCAGAAGAUGUUAUAGACUCUUACAUUCUUGAAGUUGCACAUCAAGGAGGCUCUCAGGGAAUCAUGGAGAGAUUCGCGUCCACUUUCACCAAGCCUUUUCGUUUGCACAAUAUGGGGGUGCAGGUCAAAGGAAUCCAGACAAAGCUUGAAGACAUUUCCAAGAGUCUUCCAGCUUACAAUCAGAUCUCUGGAGGAAAGGAAUCUAGCUCUAAUUUUAGGAUGCUGCAGCAGCAGUCAAGAAGAACUUAUCCACAUGUUGAGGAAGUGGAUGUUGUUAGCUUGGGGGGCAUGACAAGGGAUGUUUUGGCUAAGUUGAUGACAGAAGAAGAUAGGCCUCAUGUUGUUGUUUCCUUGGUAGGAAUGGGGGGCAUAGGUAAAACCACUCUUGCAAAAAUAGUAUACAAUCACAAUGAUGUGAGACGACAUUUUGAUUGUUUUGCUUGGGCUUUUAUUUCUCAAAAAUGUAUGCCAAGAGAAGUUUUGCAUGAUGUCCUGAUAAAAGUUCAACCUCAAGAAAGAGAGCUAAUUGAUAAACUGACGGAGAAUGAGAUCAUAGAAAGACUUUUUGAUGUCUUGAGAGAAAAACGAUAUUUGGUAGUCCUUGAUGAUAUUUGGAGAGGUGAAGAUUGGAAUUGUCUUAAACAUGCUUUUCCACAAGGAAAAAGGGGGAGCAAAAUUUUAUUCACAACACGAAUCAUGGAAGUGGCGUCACUUGCAGCCUACACAAUAGAGUUUCCAUUUCUUACAGAUGAUGAAAGUUGGAAGCUUUUCAAGAGGAAAGCAUUCCCUGAAAAUACAACUGAGUCUGAUGCUCGUUCAAGAGAAUUUGAGAUGCUAGGAAGACAGAUGGUGAAAAAAUGUGGAGGGCUACCUCUGGCAAUUGUUGCUUUGGGAGGCUUGCUAGCAACAAAAAAGUCACUGGCUCAGUGGGAGAUGGUUCAAACAAACAUGCAUGCACACUUAAACAAGGUGCAACAACAAAACCAUGAGUAUGGUGCAGUGGAUGGAAUUUUGGUUUUAAGCUACAAUGAUUUGCCUCAUAAUUUAAAACCGUGCUUCUUAUAUCUUGGCCAUUAUCCAGAAGAUUGGGAGAUCUCAAAGAUGGAACUCAUUCGAUUAUGGAUUGCUGAAGGUUUCAUUUCACCAUCAAUGGAAAGCGGAGGAAUGUUGAUGGAAGAUGUUGCUGAACAAUUCCUGGAAGAGCUGAUAAAUAGAUGUUUGGUUCAAGUUGGCAAGAGGGACCGUACAGGAGUAGGUGUGAAAACAUGUCACAUACAUGAUCUCUUGAGGGACUUGUGCGUGGAGAAAGCUCGAGAGGAUAAUUUCUUGGAAAUUAUUCAGCCAAUUGAUAUGACCUUGUCGGCAUCUAUGCCAAGAAGAAUUGCUAUUCAUCCUACCAAAAGGUAUGUUGCUUUGAAGGGAGAACAUCCAAAGUUACGUUCUCUGUUGCUCUUUCAAAAUGAGAAAUUGAUAAAAUUGCGCAUUUCAAAAUGUAAAAACUUCAAAAAUUUAAGAGUUUUGAAAGUUGUGGAAAGGAACAAAAACGAGUGGCAUGUGUCAAGUGUAAUCGGUAAUCUGCAUCAUUUGAGAUAUCUGGGGUUAAAAUGUUCUGGAAAAAUCAUCUUGCCACAAUCUAUUGGGAAGUUGAAAAAUUUACACACUUUACACAUCAACAGUUUUGGAUUAACAAUAUCUUCUAAUGCUCUAUUGGAGUUGGAACGUUUAAGGCAUAUAUUAAUAGAUCUUUUUUCUGGAAAAGGCUUGUGGAUGCCGCCAAGGAUUAUUUCAAAAAAAAUUGAAACUUUAAAGUACAUUGGGGUUGAGAAUUUAAUUGAAAAUAAUGCAGUGUUCGGCUUGGCUAAUAUUCAGAGUUUAGGAAUAUAUUUUAUGAGAUCAAAAGAUGUUGAGCCUAUCCUAAAUGCACUGGUCGAAUCACACCGCCUUCGGUCAUUGGACAUGAGGUUAUCAGAGGAUUCAAGCCAAUCAUUUCCAGACUUAGAACCCCUUUCUCAGUGUCAUCACCUCUCUAAACUAUUCUUAGAAGGGAAGAUAGAAGAAGAUCCACAAUCAAGGCAUCAUGUUUUGAUAUUUGUUCCAGCAAGCAUUGUCAAGUUAACUUUGUGGGGAUCUGAGGUGAAGCAGGAUCCACUGGCUGUAUUGGAAAAGCUGCCUCAUUUGAGGACUCUCCGCUUAUGGUGGAAUUCAUACAGGGGGAUUAAACUGAUUUGCUCUGCCAAUGGGUUUCCUCAACUCGACUCUCUUGAAUUUCGAAGUUUAUCAGAAUUAGAAGAGUGGGAGAUUGAAGAAGGCGCAAUGCCACGUCUCCGAAGUUUAUCUUUGGCUGAUUUAGAUAAUUUGGGGAAGAUUCCGAAAGGGUUGAGGUAUGUUACUGCUCUCCAAGAAAUGAGAUUAUAUUCGAUGAAGAGGUCAUUUGUAGAAAGGAUUCAAGUGAUAGACAGGAGAGAAGGAGAGGAUUUCUCUAAAGUCAGCCACAUACCCUCCAUCCAAAUAUUUGACACAUUGGAUAAUUACUGA